CGCUCGCUGUGUCACAGAGAGUCCCCUUAAGCCUACGUGACAACUCGCAUACUGUCCCUUUGUGACCAGCUUAUCGGCAGAAUGCCCGGUCUCUGCCUGCUUUGUCUGACUGCCAUUCUGGCCGCAUUUACCCGGUUUGCCGAGACCGUGCAGGGGCCGGUGGUCCGAUGCGAGCCGUGCGACGCCGGGGCGCUCAUGCAGUGCAAGCCGCUGCCGAGGGAGUGCGCGGAGCGGGUUCGGGAGCCGGGCUGCGGCUGUUGCAUGACGUGCGCCCUCGCCGAGGGCCAGCCGUGCGGAGUGUACACCGGGCGCUGCGGCUCCGGGCUGACCUGCCAGCACCGGCCGGGGGAGAGCCGACCUCUGCAAGCCCUGCUGGAGGGACGGGGAGUGUGCUCCGGGGCAUCGAAAAGACUCAGCAGCAUUCUCAUACCUGCGCAAAAACAAGAGAAUGCUGGGAGCCCGCGAGAGGAAGGUCAUGCCAACGUAAGCACGGCGAUGACGGUGUUGCCAGGCACGGAGGGUGGUCACAACAGGGGGCCGCUGGACACACGACCUGCACUGCACACAAAACUGAUCAAGAAGGAUCAGAGCAGGAAAAGCCAGAGCUACAAGGUGGAGUCAGUGUCAGGGGGAGCCAAUACAGACAUGCAUAACUUUUCCCUGGAGAGCAAGAGAGAGACUGAGUAUGGGCCGUGCCGGAGGGAAAUGGAAAGCAUUCUGAACAGUCUUAAGAUCACCAAUGUGCUCAAUCCAAGAGGCUUCCGCAUACCCAACUGUGACAAAAAGGGCUUCUAUAAGAAAAAACAGUGCCGUCCAUCCAAAGGCCGGAAGCGAGGCUACUGCUGGUGCGUGGAUAAAUACGGGCAGCCUCUACCAGGCUACGAUGGCAAGGAGAGGGGCGAGACACAGUGCUACAACCUGGAGAGCAAAUGAGACAAGGAGAACAAGAGUGGUUGGAGAGCAAGUUCGAAGUGGGAGAAAGAAAGACAUUUGGG